AUGGAUGGGCCUAAUGUUUCUCGACUCUGUGAGAUGCUUGACACCAUUUGGGCAGAGCUGCCGGGGCAAGAAGUGGUAUACCAAUGGGUUGAGUGGAUACGUAGUUCUUCUUUGCCGCACCUCGGGUUUGAUCGCACAAUAACAUUAGGUCCAGAUGUUCCUACGCACAAAGAAGAUUACCGCGCAAUCUCGAGAAGUCUCUCAUUGAAGUCUGUAAUCCCUUCCAUGUUCAGUUAUAGUAGUAGGAAGUGCCAUCAAGUUUUUCUUGAGGAUCUUCAUAUGUGCAUGAUUUGCCUUAACCAGACUAAAGGUUCAAAUUUCAUCAAGCUUCCAUGCGAACAUUUGUUUUGUGUCAAGUGCAUGGAGACCUUAUGCAAGAUGCAUGUGAAGGAAGGUACUUUGUUUCAGUUGAUAUGCCCUGAUACCAAGUGCAAUGCUUCUAUUCCACCGUAUUUGUUAAAGAGGCUUCUCAGCGAGGAAGAAUUCGAACGCUGGGAUAGGCUUACUCUUGAGAAAGCAUUGGACUCGAUGUCAGAUGUGGUUCAGUGUCCAAGAUGUGCGAUCGGUUGCUUGGAAGAUGAGGACAACAAUGCGCAAUGCCCAAAAUGUUUCUUUGUCUUCUGCUCGUUGUGCAAGGAUUCACGCCAUCCAGGGAAACAAUGUCUAACUCUGGAAGAAAAGAUCCGGCAACGACAGGCGGCAGGCAAGAUGAGCGCAAGGGAGAUGGUGGAGGAACUGAUGAGCAUCAAGGAGCUUUUACAACGAUGCUAG